GGGGAAGGAAGGGGGAAGGGAGCCAGGCCGGAGAGAGGCUGCGGCGCGUGGCCUGAGGCGGAGAGCCUGGCUGCGGGGGUCUGGGCCAGGCCAGGCGCCGGCCUGACCCGCCUCGCCGGCGAAUGCAGGCCGGGCUUCCUCCUCCGAAGGAGGGUGGGGGAGGGGAGGGGGCUCGAGGCCCGGCGAAAGGGGGGAAAGGUGGUCCUGAGCCCCCCUCAGCCUUAGCUCGCAAAGCUAAUCCUGGCCUCCUGUGGAGAUGCCUCGGCGCCCUCCUACAGACCUGAAGGCACCCCUAGCCAGGACCCCGGGCCGGGCCUGGUCUAGCGAGUCCCCUCUUCUCCCCGGGAGCGACCGGCGGAGCUCCGGUGGAGGAAGAGAGGUGGAGACCUGGGAGGAUGCUGCCGCCGCCGCCGCCGCCGCCGCCACCACCGCUGCAGGGCCCCGGGCUCCUGCAGAGCGCGAGGCCUCCCUCACCAGGGUCCCUCCCACCCGCCCUCCCCGGAGCUCAGAAGCUCUCUUCGGAUGCAAGUGGGGAACCCAGUCCCGCAAAGGAACCGGAGCCCGCGGUGCAGAGGGGAGGAGCGUACCCCCAGGCUCACCCCUGGGGUCUCAGGACCCAGAGAGCGGAGAUCCACGCGGCCAGCGUCACCCACCCGAGCCUGGCGACAGGCGCGUCCAGGCGAGCUCCGCGGGGCCGAGGUGCCGGGAGAGCGGCCCCGGGCGCCCGCGCGCUGCCCGCCUAGGGAAACCCGCUCGGGCCAGGAGGAGCGGCGAGAGACGUCGGAGAGGAGAUGCCCUCGGAGAUUACCCCCUCCCAAUCUGCCCCUACCGCCCGGCCGGGCCCUCCAGCUUCAAGGGAUCCUGGCCCUCCCUCUGCCGAUACCCUUUUCUCCCCCGUAGAGAAAAACCCUGAUGGUAGCGAGAUAAAAAUUGGCCUGAAAAAUUGGGGUGUCGAUUGCUGGACAAUGACGGCUUCGAGGGCAGGGGCCUUCACGACCGGGAGAGGGAAAUGGGGGGAGGUAACUCCGUUCCGACCAGCAGACAGCAGAGGCGCGAAGUGUUCGUGUCUUCCUCUGGACACGCCGGAGAGCGCGGUAAAAUCUGUAGAUCUGCCCGGCUCCGAGGCGCCCACCCUCCGCCCUUCCCUCUCGCCAGGACUGCGCCCGGCCGCCGCCUCUCCCCGGCGGCCUCGGCUCGCGCUCGGCUCUCCGCCGCCUGCCACCUCGCGGACCCCGAGCAAUUUGUUAUAUAAAACCAAACAACAACCACACACGUGUGUCUGCACACCCGCAGCGACGGACACCCAGGGAGUGCUCCGCUCGAGCGCCCUGGGCCACGUUUCUUUCUCCUCCUUCCAACCGCCGCACCCCCUCACCACCUCUAGUCCCGGCUGCCCAGCGGCCAGGAACAAAAAGUGGGGUUCGUACUCCAGAUCCGGGGCUUCCUUGGCCCGCUCGCUCGGUUACUCCCACCAUUAAGAAAAAGAGGUGAUCGGAAAUAUUUGGUCCGCACACAAAGACACACCACAAAAGGAAUGCACUUUUCUGUGCGAAAGGGCUGGAACACCGAGAAGGAGACCACACCUGAGCGCAGCCGAAAUGGUUAGAAUAACCGGCUGCCGGAGAGCACUGGGCCUUCGGACUCUGCCCCCACUACCUCAUCUGCAUCUCUAAUUGCCUGCUACCUCCCGCGGUUCCUGGCGCAAAGUGCCUUAACCUCCGGAAGAGGGGUCCUCAGCCACCCGGCUCCCGCGUACCUGCCCUUUUCCCAGGCCUCUCGGGGUGGCCCUGCGCUGCUGGGCGUCCACCCACGGGUGUCCACUCCCACCGCUUCACUGCAUCCCCCGACUCACCCCCACCUCCUGUAUCCUUGGCACAAAGUCAGGAUGAACAUAACAAAUAAAGCAAAAUGCAGCUUC